UAGAGGAAAGCAAAGGAGAGGACCGAUAAGAAAUUGUUCAACAAAGAUGGCGUUUUCCACUGUGCAAGUUUUUGCAUUUGCUCUAGAAAUUAAUAAUUAAUAUUAAUAUCAAGGAGUUUCCGAGGAUCGUUACGUUGCUUUAGUGUACAUAUAUAUUUCUGGGAAAAGCACUUUUAAAAUGAUAAAGUGGAAAAAUAUAUAACCAAGAAGCACAAAUCUACUUACGUUCAUAGACAUAUAUGUACGUGAUUGAGGAGAAUGGAAUUCGAAUUCACGUCAUUUGCACACUAUUAUUGGAGUAAAAAAAUCUCAUAAUUCAGUAAAAAAAUAAUUCUAACGACCAAUUUGAAUUUUAUAUAUAUACUAUAUACUGUAUGUAUAUAUGUACGUGUGGAAAAUUAAUUUCUAUUACACCCUUCGUAUUAUCGAAUCCGAAACAACAUUAAAUUAGACAAGUUCUUAAAACAAAUUCAUAUUGAAACCUCUUGAGUGCUAUUUGAAUCGUCUAUAUAUCUACAUGUUAAGGACUGCCGUUUAUUGCAUUCACUUGUCAGAAAUUUCAACAUUACCUCAUUACUUUGGUUUUAGGAAUAGAUCAAAUCCAAUCAAGUAAAGAUCGCCAAGUUCUUAAAGUGUAUAAUAUAAAUUUCAGACAGUGGAGUUAUUCAAUAAUACAUACAUACAUAUCAUACCUAAAUACAGAUAUGUGAAGAAACACAAACAUAUCUAAAAGCAAUCUAAUAAAAUAUAAUUUUAAUAAAAAACACAGCUCUACGAACAGUUAAUAGGAUUUACAUAUACAUAAAAUGGUAUACUUUAUUCCAUACCAUUGCAAAAAGUAACAUCAUGGAAGACCAAAGUUAAAAUCCAUUCAUAAUCAAAGUGUACAUAUGUUGGCUGUAACCGCAAUAGAAAAAAUCGACAAAUCUCCCAUACACGAAAGAUAUUUUCGAUUUACAGGGUUUAUUGUUGCCCCCGACUUUACGUAAUGAACAUUUUUGCUAAAGUUUUUACAGAAACAAGUGAAGCGCAUUUGCUAUAUAUAUAUAUAGGUUAAACAUUAAAACAUAUAUCUUUGAUUGGUCUUACACAAUCCUUUAAAAUUGUUUGUGUUCAUUGCGUAAAAUAUUUUUUCAUACAUACAUUGGAACAAAAACGUAUUUUAACAUAAAAUCUUAAACUUUACGCUGUUUCUUCAGAACACGUAGUGUUGCAAAAAGUAUAGAAUAUGAAUAAAUUAGAUUAUCCACGUCGUAAUGGAGCCCAUAAAGUGCGAAUAACAAUAUUGUGCGCGCGGAACUUGGCUCGGAAGGAUUUGUUUCGACUUCCUGAUCCUUUUGCCAAAGUUCAGGUUGAUGGAACAACACAGGUAUAUACCACGGAUAUUAGCAAGUCAUCUCUGGAUCCUAAAUGGAAUGCGCAUUACGACCUUUUUGUGGGUAGUAAUGAUGCUGUUACGAUUACGGUGUGGAAUCAGCGGAAAAUAAACAAAGCCAGUGGAUUUCUCGGGUGUGUCCGCAUACCUGCGGAUUCCAUACAGAGACUGAAGGGAAUGGGAUUUACGAGACUUAAUUUGGGGAAACUCUCACCAGAUGAUGAUGAUAUGGUUCGCGGUCAGAUAAUAAUUGCUCUAUUGUCGAAAGAUGGACCAUGCGGUGGUAAUCCCUUAGCGGUAGUAGGGCCCAGUGGUGAUGUACGGGGCCCAUCGGAAGACGAUUCGUCCGAGGACAGUCUGCCAGAAGGUUGGGAGGAACGUCGGGCGGGCAACGGUCGUGUAUAUUAUGUAAAUCAUGCCACAAAGUCAACGCAAUGGGAUCGUCCAAAUACGCGUCAACGACAACGCUCGGCUGAGCAUAAUAGUCAAAAUCCUAAUUUGUAUCAGCCAAUUGGGCCAACUCGCUCGACAACGUGCACAAAUCUUCUUAAUGGCCAAAAUAUCUGCAGUAAUGGAAGAAAUGGGAUCGAAGACGCCGCUGACGAGAGACGUCAUUCCACAGAAAUUCUCACCGCAACGAGCGUAGGGAGUGGUAGUAUUAACAAUGGUAGCAACACAAAUACCGCAAAUCAAUUAGGAAAAGAGAAUUGCAGCCCAACGAGGGUGGAGAAGGAUACAAGUAAUGUGGAAGUAGCGGCACAUAACAUAGCGAAAAAGGCUACGCAGCAGAUUCGCGGAAAUGGGCAGCAAAAUCAAUCUUGUGCAAGCGCUGUUAAAGUAUCUGAUGGAGCAGCAGCAGCUUCGUCACAGACCCGAGUAAGUGAUUUUGUACCACUGGCAACGAAUACCACGACAACAGCAACUAUGGCAGUUGCUACGGCAACCACGACAACAGCAAGUACUUCUCUUACGGUGGCUUCGAGCAAUGUUGCGCAUGGGCGCAAUGGCCAUAAUUCCAUGGUGCCUAGUGAUGGACCACAACUUUUAGGAGCGCCGGUAACUCCACAGCGACCAAAUAACCAGAAUCAGGUGAAUGGCAAUACUGGUGUGGUUGGAGCAAAUGUUUCUCAGCCACAGACAAAUGGUUGGAAUAUCGAAACAAAUGAGAAACCAGCCUCUGCGACCCCCACUGGUAUGUGUUCGGUAUCAGGCAAUGGAAAUGGUAGCGGAAUCAGCAGUGUUGGCAGCGUCGGUUUGGUGCAGAGUCCCAACGCAAACUCAAACUUGCAGCUAUCAACACAAUCAAGUUCGACGCAGUCAAAUGGCAAUCGAGAAAGAGAUCGAGAUCGUGAUAGGGAACGUGAACGUGAUUUACGUAAUGGCGGUGCCCCGCCUCCAACAAGUUCCAGUGCUUCAAUACUAAUUACAUCAGCUCAACGUUCACAGCGACGAGCUGCGCGUGGUACCGAAGAUCCAUCGCGUCGACGUUCCUCGCGGAGCUCACGCGCUACUAAUAGUAGCAGCAGUGGUGGGGGUCAUCGGCAUGCGGUUUGCAAUACGAGUGGUGCUAAUCUGACAGCGCGUCCUUUUAUGGACUUACCAUCAGGUUAUGAAAUGAGAACAACUCAACAAGGUCAAGUGUACUUUUUUCACAUACCGACGGGAGUAUCGACGUGGCAUGAUCCGCGAAUACCUCGCGAUUUCGACACUCAACAUUUAACUCUUGACGCAAUUGGACCUCUACCUAGUGGUUGGGAACAAAGGAAGACUGCUUCCGGAAGAGUGUACUUUGUAGAUCAUAAUAACCGAACGACUCAGUUUACUGAUCCUCGAUUUAAUUGCAACAUAUUGCAAAUGAUACGACGCGGUACCCUGUCAAGCACUGGAAAUGGUGCUGGGACGUCCGCGGUGGUUUCUACGGGUAAUGGUAGCAUUGUACAACACCUCUCGCCUACCGCUUCACAUCCGUUGUCGGGUGGAAAUGGCGCAGGAGCAAAUAACAAUGGUAGUGGCGUCAAUGGAGGUUCUAGUACACCUCAUCGCUUAGCAAACAACACUGCUGCUCUGCCUGCUGACCUGCCGCAGGGUCUUCUAGAAGGCGCUGAAUUGCUGCCUAAAUACCGCCGUGAUUUAGUUGGUAAAAUGCGCGCUUUGCGUACCGAGUUGCAGACACUGCAACCACAGUCCGGUCACUGUCGCCUUGAAGUGUCACGUAACGAAAUCUUUGAAGAGAGUUACAGACUGAUUAUGAAAAUGCGGCCGAAGGAUAUGCGCAAACGUUUAAUGGUGAAAUUCAAAGGAGAGGAAGGACUCGACUAUGGUGGUGUUGCUCGCGAAUGGCUGCAUUUACUCUCGCGAGAAAUGCUGAAUCCCCAAUAUGGAUUAUUUCAAUAUUCACGCGAUGAUCACUAUACGCUGCAAAUUAAUCCUGAUUCCGGUGUUAAUCCAGAUCACUUGUCAUAUUUUCACUUUGUUGGCCGCAUCUUAGGAAUAGCGGUAUUUCAUGGGCACUGUUUAGACGGCGGAUUUACGACUCCUUUUUAUAAACAACUACUUAACAAACCAAUCACAUUAAGCGACAUUGAGGGCGUUGAUCCAGAGUUGCACCGUAGUUUAACCUGGAUGCUGGAGAAUAACAUAACCGGAAUUAUCGAUUCUACAUUUAGUGUGGAAAAUAAUAGCUUUGGCGCAUUAGUAGUUCAUGAACUAAAGCCAUCUGGUGCCACAAUACCAGUUACUGAGGAUAAUAAGCGCGAAUAUGUUAAACUCUAUGUGAAUUAUAGGUUUAUGCGUGGUAUUGAACAACAGUUUUUAGCCUUGCAAAAAGGUUUUUGUGAACUUAUCCCAAAUCAACUUUUGCGUCCAUUCGAUGAGCGCGAACUGGAAUUGGUGAUUGGGGGAAUUUCGAGCAUUGAUGUUAAUGAUUGGCGUAUAAAUACAAGACUGAAACAUUGCACACCGGAAACUCCGCAAGUUAUUUGGUUCUGGCAAGUAGUGGAAUCCUACUCUUCCGAGAUGCGUGCGCGUCUUUUACAAUUUGUUACUGGUUCAUCACGUGUGCCACUGCAGGGAUUUCGAGCACUGCAGGGUUCAACUGGAGCAGUCGGACCACGCUUAUUCACUGUACACCUUACUUCAGAUGUGCCCACGCAAAAUUUGCCAAAAGCGCACACAUGCUUUAAUCGCAUCGAUUUACCGCCUUAUGAAACGUAUCAGUUGCUGUGCGAUAAGUUGACGCAGGCUGUGGAGGAAACUUGUGGAUUUGCUGUAGAAUAAUUGCAAAUAAAUUGGUAGAUUUAAAAUAAAGCACAUACCUAACGACUCUUGUGUCAAUGCAUAAAGUUCUUUCGUAAGCGAUAAGAGAUAUUUUUGCACUGCUUACUCAAACGGAAAAGAGAAACACACAUCACUACUAUUUUCAUUUUUCAAUUCGUUAAUUUAUUAGUUUAUAUCGAUUAAUUGUUACAGACUUGAUGUCGUUCAUUAGCGCCCCGAAGCAUGUUUAAGUAAACAUACAUACAUACAUACACCCCAAUAAAUUAUACAUACACACUUACAUGCAUAUGCACAAAAACUUUUGGUCACAGUACAAUUCCAAGCUAUAAUGCGAGUUAAUAAAAAUGGAAUACUUCUGCGUUCAAGACAAUUAUGAAAAUUUUUAAUAAAAAGCCUAUUGACUUUA